UUCCACCAACAACAACUAGAAACGUCAAAACCAACAACAGCUGCUGAUACUGCUGGAUGAGCUUGUGACAGAUAGGAAGGAUUAGGUGCAUUACUUUCAGGUUACAACUCAGCCUUGCCAUAGUGUGGUGCGGCUACACGAAGAGACAGGUCGCCAUUUCUGGAGCUUCACUGGCUCUAGUUGUAUUGUAAUGGGUCGUUUUAGAAAGUGAUAAACGGGAAAUAUUACUGCAAAAGUUUUUAAUAAUACUCAAAUUGUGUGUCGUCGCGGCGGCGGUGGAACUCUACAUUUAACAGAAGCCAAAGGGAAAACUUGGUACGCUGUGAAAUUAUACUUAAGGGACCUGUGAGAUGAAGAGUUUUUGAAAAUUUACAAUAAAGAAAUAGGAGGAGGAGCGAAAAGUCAGACGAAAACACAGAAAACCAGAUGCCCCAAUGUAAGGUGUGCAAAUGGGUCAGGUGCUGUGGAGGGUUGCUAGAAACCAGCAGUUUCAGCAAGAAUACAGUGAGCAGAGCUACCUUGCAAGGGAGUGUGGGAGAAGGACGGCUGCAACUGCUGAUAAUGUGAACCACCACAGACAAGGCCAAGGUGGAAUAGAUAUCUACCAGUUGUUGAAAGCUAGGAAAUCCAAGGAAGAACAAGGGUUCAUUGACUUAGAAAUGCUUCCGCCUGAGUUGAGUAUUACUAUCCUGUCUUACCUGAAUGCUACUGACCUCUGCCUGGCAUCAUGUGUCUGGCAGGACCUAGGUAAAGAUGAGUACCUGUGGCAAGGACAGUGCAAGUCUACAUGGGGUCACUGUUCCAUAUACAAUAGAAGAUUACCAUCUGAGUUCUCCUACAGAAAACUCUACAUGCAGCUAGAUGAGGGCAGUCUUACUUUCAACGGCAACCCUAAUGAGGGAAUUGAAUACUUUAUGUCAAAGGGUAUUCUGAAUGACCACCCAAAGGAACUUGCUAAGUUUAUAUUCUACACAAGAACACUAAAUUGGAAGAUGUUAAGGAUAUAUCUUGAUGAAAGGAGGGAUGUUUUGGAUGAGCUUGUAACCCUUCACAACUUUAGCAACCAGUUCUUGCCGAAUGCACUGCGAGAGUUUUUCCGGCACAUUCAUGCACCAGAGGAGCGUGGCGAGUACCUUGAGACUCUCAUUACUAAAUUCUCACACCGGUUCUGUGCAUGCAACCCUGCUUUGGUGAGGGAGGUUGGUCUAAGUCCAGAUGCAGUCAAUGUACUUUGCUACUCCCUGAUUCUGCUGUCCAUCGACCUGUCCAGCCCACAUGUCAAAAACAAAAUGUCAAAGCGAGAGUUCAUUCGAAAUACUCGCCGUGCUGCUCAGAACAUCAGUGAGGAUUUUGUGGGGCACCUCUACGACAACAUUUAUCUUAUCGGCCAUGUGGCUGCUUCAUAGAACAAAACAUUGCACUUAACAUUUGCAUAAAAAGCAGCAAAUGCACAUAAAAGUAUAAUCAUGCUAUAGACAAGGGGUUGUGUUGGUGCUGGUCAUUCUAACCUCUAUAAUACAAUCAGUUAUUAAGUCUUUACCAUGCUAGCUGCUGUGUGAUAGCUGAUUGAUCGUGUGAAGAGCACUAUUUCUGUGUAUUUCUAUUUAUCAUGUUUUGCACAUAGUGGUGCCAAUAGACCGCAUUGAAAAAACACAGUAAUUUGUAUAACACUAACUUGUCAAGGUUGGGCAAGAAAGUGGUCAUUGUGGUAAUGGGGUUUCUUAAAUUAAGUUAAAUUAAACCCUAACUUUUUUUUUAAAUUGCGUGUGAUGUGUAAAUAUUUAACUAGAGAGCUUUAUAAACAUAUCAUUAUUUUAUUGUAUUUUAACUAAAGAAUUUUCUCUAACAUGA